CAUCCCCUUCUUCUUCCUCUCGAGUUUUCAGAACCCUCGCUCCGCGAGUUUCCAAAACCCUAGCGGCGCCGCCGCUCCAGCAGAGCCACCACCUCCGCCACCAUGAAGCUCGACGUAGACGCGCUGAGGUACCUCUCCAAGGACGAUUUCAGGGUCCUCACAGCCGUGGAGAUGGGUAUGAGGAACUUUCAGCACGAGAUCGUUCCCGCGGAGCUCGUCGAGAGGAUCGCCGGGCUAAGACAUGGGGGAACGUAUAAGGUGCUGAGGAAUCUGCUGAAGCACAAACUGGUGCAUCAUGAUUCAUCAAAGUAUGACGGGUUUCGGCUCACCUAUCUUGGGUACGAUUUCCUUGCAAUCAAGACCCUUGUCAAUCGCGGUGUAUUUGCUGCCGUAGGCCGUCAAAUUGGUGUUGGAAAGGAGUCGGAUAUAUUUGAGGUUGCCACGGAAGAUGGGACGGUUCUCGCGAUGAAGCUGCAUAGGCUGGGUAGGGUGUCUUUCAGGGCCGUCAAGUCUAAGCGAGACUAUUUGGUUCAUCGGAGCAACUAUAACUGGCUUUAUUUGUCUCGUCUGGCCGGCCUCAAGGAAUAUGCUUUCAUGAAGGCUCUAGGUGAGCAUGGGUUUCCUGUUCCAGCUGCUGUGGAUUGCAAUCGGCAUUGUGUGGUCAUGUCGCUUGUUAAAGGUUACCCACUUGUUCAAAUAAAGCAGUUGCAAAAUCCAGACGAAGUUUUUGAAACAAUUAUUGGUCUUGUUGUUCGUCUAGCAGAGCAUGGUCUUAUACACUGUGAUUUCAACGAAUUUAACCUCAUGAUUGAUGAUGAUGAAAAAGUUACAAUGAUUGAUUUUCCUCAAAUGGUUUCAGUUUCUCAUCGCAAUGCAAAAAUGUAUUUCGAUCGAGAUGUGGAGUGCAUCUUCAAAUUCUUUAGUAAAAGGUUUAAUAUUUCAUACCAAGAGGAUAGAGACGAGGAAGAUGGUGUAGAAUAUGAUAGCGAGGAAAAUGGUAGGCCGUCCUUCCUCUCUAUAGAAAAAUCAGCUGGUUUCUUAGACAAGGAGCUUGCGGCGAGUGGCUUUACUAAACGGGAUCAAGAUGAGAUAGAAAAGUUCAUUGAAGGAGGACCAGAACCAAAAGAUGGUAGCAGCUCUGAUGAUGAGUCAUCGGGAAAAGAACAAACAGCUGAUGAAGAUAAUGAAACUGUGACUACCAAAAUGGUUGCCUUGCAGUUGGCAGAUCAGCAAGUUAAAAGCUCAUGUUGCAAUGAUGAAGAAAGAGUGGAGGAAAAUCUAGAUUCAUGUAAUGUGAAAGUUGUCAGGGAGAACGAACCUACGGCGUCAGGAGAACAGGAAGAUAGCAAUGAUUUGGAUAAUUCAGAUGAUGAUGAUGAUGGAAGUGGUGAUGCCGAACUAGUUAAGCGCCUCAACAAGCAGAGAAAGCGAGCUGUUGCCGCUGCACGUGGGAGAAGGGCUUUGGCCUCGAGAAACUCUUACAAGGACAAAGGGGGUAAGUCGUCUCACAACUCGAAAAUCCAAAAGCAGGUUUCCAAGUGGUGAUGAUGACUGCAGAGCUGAGGAUCAUGGAGCUGAACAAAUUGAUCGGUUUAGGGUUAAACUGAAGUUUCCAAGAUCCUCGAUAAAAAUAAGCGGUACCGCGAUUUUGCAGGCUUAAGCAUAAAUGUUUAAUCCCCUUGUACAGAAAAUUUUGGUGAGUAGUGCCUGUUUAUCUUUUUUCUGUUACCCCCCUCCCACUGUGAAAUGAGUAAAAGACAUACAAAAAUUGUGAUAUUUAUGUUGUAAGUCUUAAUCAUCUGUAUUCCCAGUUUUGGAAAUUUAAUUAUCUUUGCGAUUUGCGUAUGAA